GUGUGUCAUCACGUUCGAGUGUGGGGAUUAGGAGUAGGAAGGCUGCCUGGCUGGAGCUGUGUGGUCUCCUCCGCGGGAGAGGAGGUGCAGGCAGCAGCAGAGCGACUUUGCUGGUGGAGCAGGAGGAGGAGGGAUUCGCUUUCUGCAGACCCAGGACAAGCAGGGCUUCCCCCCCUCCUCCCCAGGUGUCUCAGAAGUGGAAUUGGAGGUGUUCUGCCACUGUCAUAACUCCUUUGGAAGCUUAGGACACCCACUGGACACCUCAGUGGCUUCAGGUGCAAACGGCCACCAACCAUCAUCUGAAGAAGGUGGAUUUGGCAAAUGAUAUGCAGGCUUUCCAAGACUGAGUAAUUACAGAAAACUUUCAAAGGAGCCCAUCCGCGGAUGUUCUGAACACCUCUGAGUGGAGAGAUUGAUUUUUCAACCAGGAUACCUAAUUCAAGCUCUGCGGCAGCGAGGAGGCUGGGACACGCUGCCAGCUUGGCGACAGCGGACCCCACAGGAUGAAGUGUGCUCGCUGGGCUCUGGUCCUGGCCGUGCUGGGCGCCGAGCUGCUGGGGAGCCUCGGAUCCACCGUCAGGUCCCCGAGGUUCAGGGGACGGAUCCCGCAGGAGCGAAAGAACAUCCGGCCCAACAUUAUCCUGGUGCUCACCGACGACCAGGAUGUGGAGCUGGGGUCCCUGCAGGUGAUGAACAAAACGAGAAAGAUUAUGGAGCAGGGGGGGGCCACGUUCACCAACGCCUUCGUGACCACGCCCAUGUGCUGCCCCUCCCGCUCCUCCAUGCUCACCGGGAAGUAUGUGCACAACCACAACGUCUACACCAACAACGAGAACUGCUCCUCGCCCUCCUGGCAGGCGAUGCACGAACCUAGGACGUUUGCCGUGUAUCUGAACAACACCGGCUACAGAACAGCCUUUUUUGGAAAAUACCUCAAUGAAUAUAAUGGCAGCUACAUCCCUCCUGGGUGGCGAGAAUGGCUUGGAUUAAUCAAGAAUUCUCGUUUCUAUAAUUACACUGUUUGUCACAAUGGCAUCAAAGAAAAGCACGGAUUUGAUUAUGCAAAGGACUACUUCACAGACUUAAUCACUAACGAGAGCAUUAAUUACUUCAAAAUGUCUAAGAGAAUGUAUCCCCAUAGGCCCAUUAUGAUGGUGAUCAGCCACGCAGCGCCCCACGGCCCCGAGGACUCGGCCCCACAGUUUUCAAAACUGUACCCCAAUGCUUCCCAACACAUAACUCCCAGUUAUAACUAUGCACCAAAUAUGGACAAACACUGGAUUAUGCAGUACACAGGACCCAUGCUGCCCAUCCACAUGGAAUUCACAAACGUCCUCCAUCGCAAACGGCUUCAGACUUUGAUGUCAGUGGAUGACUCUGUGGAAAGGCUGUAUAACAUGCUGGUGGACACAGGGGAGCUGGAGAACACGUACAUCAUCUACACCGCUGACCACGGCUACCACAUCGGGCAGUUCGGGCUGGUCAAGGGGAAGUCCAUGCCGUACGACUUUGAUAUCCGAGUGCCUUUCUUCAUUCGCGGGCCAAGCGUGGAACCCGGAUCCAUAGUCCCGCAGAUCGUCCUCAACAUUGACCUGGCCCCUACGAUCCUGGACAUCGCGGGACUCGACCCACCUCCCGACGUGGACGGCAAGUCUGUCCUCAAACUUCUGGACCUGGAGAAGCCAGGUAACAGGUUUCGAACAAACAAAAAGGCCAAGAUUUGGCGGGAUACAUUCCUCGUGGAAAGAGGGAAAUUUCUCCGUAAGAAAGAAGAAGCCAACAAGAAUAUCCAGCAGUCAAAUCACCUGCCCAAAUACGAGAGGGUCAAAGAGCUGUGCCAGCAGGCCAGGUACCAGACAGCUUGUGAACAGCCGGGACAGAAGUGGCAGUGCAUCGAGGACGCGGCAGGCAAGCUGCGCAUCCACAAGUGCAAGGGCGCCGGGGACCUGCUGGCCGCCAGGCAGAGCACCCGCAACCUCUACCCACGCGGCUUCCAGGACAAGGAGCAGGAGUGCCACUGCGGGGAGGCGGCCUACCGCGCCCGGAGCCAGAGGAAGAGCCAGCGGCAGUUCCUGAGGAACCAGGGCGCUGCUGCAAAGUACAAGCCCAGGUUUGUGCACACCCGGCAGACACGGUCCUUGUCGGUGGAAUUUGAGGGCGAAGUGUACGACAUAAACCUGGAGGAAGAGGAGCUGCACGUGUUGCAGCCAAGAAGCAUUGCCAAGCGUCACGACGAAGGCCACCAGGGGCCAGGAGGCCGCCAAGCUGCCAAAGGCGGCGACGGGGACGCCAUGCUGGCCACCAGCGGCAAUGCCGUGGCCCUGCCCUCCACCGUCCGAGUGACCCACAAGUGCUUUAUUCUUCCAAAUGAUACCAUCCAUUGUGAGAGAGAACUCUAUCAGUCAGCCAGAGCGUGGAAGGACCACAAGGCAUACAUUGACAAAGAGAUCGAAGCUUUGCAAGACAAAAUUAAGAACCUGAGAGAAGUGAGAGGCCACUUGAAGAGGAGGAAGCCCGAGGAGUGUGUCUGCAGUAAACAGAGCUACUACAAUAAAGAAAAAGGUGUGAAAAAGCAAGAGAAACUGAAAAGCCAUCUCCACCCAUUCAAGGAGGCCGCCCAGGAGGUGGACAGCAAGCUGCAGCUUUUCAAGGAGACCCGGAGGAGGAGGAAGGAGAGGAAGGAGAAGAAGCGCCAGAGGAAGGGGGAGGAGUGCAGCCUUCCCGGCCUGACCUGCUUCACUCAUGACAACAACCACUGGCAGACGGCCCCCUUCUGGAACCUGGGCUCCUUCUGUGCUUGCACGAGUUCUAACAACAACACCUACUGGUGUUUGCGCACCGUUAACGAGACGCAUAAUUUUCUCUUCUGCGAGUUCGCCACCGGCUUCCUGGAGUAUUUUGACAUGAACACAGAUCCUUACCAGCUCACCAACGCGGUGCACACGGUGGAGCGGGGCGUUUUGAACCAGCUGCACGUCCAGCUCAUGGAGCUCCGGAGCUGCCAGGGCUACAAGCAGUGCAACCCGAGACCGAAGGGCCUGGACGCGGGGAAUAAAGAUGGAGGAAGCUAUGACCUGCACAGCCCACGUAGGACCGAGCAGAAGAACCCCCUCCUAAGCUGGUCUCACCCGGGAUACGGGCUGACGAGAGGCCAGUUAUGGGAUGGAUGGGAAGGUUAACCUUCCCAGUCCCACUGCAGACAUCGGCAGGCAAGGCCUGGAGGACUUAUUCAGCAUAAAGGAAAGCAACUAUGAGGACAGACAGAACUACAGACUUAGUCUGGCUGACCGGACUAAUGACUUGGAGGACGUAGAUAGAGUAUUUGCACUGCUGAACAGUCACCACGAGCCAAAUAGAACAAGUAAGAUUACAACUGCUUGACGUGAUGGGCUCCUGGCCGUGUCUGCCGAGCCCUCUGUGCCGGCGGAGAUGGCCUCUGCUGAGUCAGAUGAAGACCCAGGCCCUAUGGCUGAGGAAGCCUCUCCUUUGACAUUGCCAGCCAACCUUCAAACCCUGCAUUUGAACCGACCAACAUUCAGUCCGGAGAGUAGACUUGAAUGGAAUAACGACAUUCCAGAAGUUAGUCGUUUGAAUUUUGAACACUGGAAAAAUCAUAAAACUGACCAAUGGAUGGAGCAUGAAGAGAUGAGUUGUCUUGAACUUGACCUCAGUGGUGGUGACAUGCCAGAGCUGGAGCCCAUCAGCAGGCACCAGAAAGGCCUUCCCCAGGAGGGUGGUCCAGGAGAUGAUCCCAAAGGUCAGCUGUAUCUUCCUGUGCGUUCUGACCCAGAGUCCACUCCUCAGACGAUCCAAGUGCCCACCUUGGAGCAGCCUAGUAAUGCCAGCGGCAUGGUGAGCAUGUCUAACGAGGUGGAGAAAGGUCACAGAAGGGAGACUGAUUAGACAAAAUUGUUACCUUACCCUAAACACAGUAUUAACUUUUUAUCAGUAAACUAAUCAAGACAACCAAACUUCCAAGCUACCCUAGGGUACCUACCAGCCGGUGCGCAUGCAAGCGGACGCACAAGGAACCAGUGCUGUCAGGCACUGUGUGCCAAGGUGAGAAGGAAAGGUAAUUUGUGGAGUUUUGUUGGUUUAGUGGAUUCUCAAACAGUAUUAACUUUUGAAAGUUGUAGAGACAUGCAUCUACAAAUGCUAUCCAACCAAGAUGGCUAGAAUUGUGCCUUCCUGCAUUUCUGAAACUGGAUGUCCUCGGUGAAACUUUCAGCACACUUUCCACUGCCUGCAUCAUGUGGUUCAGAUUCAUUUUUAACCACUGGAAUUUUUCAAGGCCAUCACUCUCACUUAGGUCAAUGAUUUUGCACUUUGAGAUCUAAAUGCCAUGUCUGUUUGACUAGUUGUUGUUUUAACUGGCUUGUCAGUCUCACUGCUUGCUCUCAGUGUGACAAAUUAAAAUAGACACUCCCCCACCACCACCAAGGAUGACACAGUGUGGAUCCCAUAUUGUUUAACAUACGCUUUUGCCAGAAAAUAUUGCAUGUGGUUUCCCUUGACUUGCUAAAAUUGAUUAGCAAAAAAGCAUGGCUAAUGAUGUUAGCAGCAAAAAUAAAUAAGCAAAACAAAGCUCUCUCUGUGCCUAGCCUCAAAGUGUUCAUCAUAUACUUAAGAUAGCUAAAUUUUUAUUUUCAACAGGAUAAAAGGACUGAAGAUUCUCUCCCCACCCCACUUUUGUUUUGUUUUCUUGGCCUGCCUAGUAAGCUUAAGGGUUGAGAAAAUAUAUUUUGUUUUGAAUUUAUAUAAGGAAUUUUUCCAAUCAAACACUCAUGAAUGUUUCAUAAUGUAAACACCUGUAUGAUUAAGACCUUCACCAAGUUCUGAUUUUUAAAGGCAUAGUUCAAAAUGUGUUCUUGAAAACAUUCUUGUUGUGUAUUAGGUUUUUAAAUACCAGCAAAAGGAUUACCUCAUUGAAAGUUACCAGUAAUCUAAUCAACUUCCCAGUAAUAGCUUAACAGUAAUUUUCCUUUUUCAAAUAAAGAAAACAUAAUUUACCUAUGUGUUUUACUUAAGUGUUUAAGGUAAACUCUUUUUAAAGAUAAUUUACAAUGGUAUAGCUGAAUCUUCGAUAACUUUAAGUCCUUAUUGUAGACUCUGUACAUAUGUUAAAAUUCACUAGCUCUUUAUCAGAUGUGUGUGCCACCGGCUGAAUGACAGGAAACAUAUUUAUGGUCAUGAAUGAUAUGCUUUGUAAAAAGGCUUCAAGUUAUUAAGAAGCAUACUGUGUUUUCUUUUUUAAAUCUUGUGUAAUAUUCUGUAAUACUUUUAUAGAACAAUUCUGGCUUCAGGAAAGUCUAGAAGCAUUAUUUCUUGAAAUAAAAGGUGUUUAAACUUUA